AUGAAUUUAACUAUCACCGUUGAGGGAACAGAGCAAAUAUUGAAUAUAGAACUUCCGGGAGAUUUCGAGAUCGAUGAUUUUCUUGCCUAUUUGGAGUCCGAAACUCAGAUUCCAUCUAAAGAUCAAGUUCUCCUUUAUGAUAACAAGGAGCUACCGUUGAGAUCUCCAACUGUAAAGGUUUUAUCAGACUGGAAAUUGGAAGAGGAUACGCUUUUAAUUCUUAGAAAGACUACUUACAAUAUUCCAAAUUCUAAUAUCAACGAGCCAGCAAUUGAAUCUUCUUCGCAGAUGAAUCCAGAUAAAAUGCUGGAUUCCCCAUAUAUGAGUGAGCAAAUCGAGAAAACAAGGCAGCAAAUGCUCAGUAACCCAUCGAUGCAAAUGCAGAUUGACCCGGCACUAAGAAAUGUGUUGAAUGAUAAGAAUAAGUUUAAAGAAGAGAUGGUGAAGAUAUCAAAGCAAAGCUUCAAACGAGAAUUAGAGGAGAGACAUAAACUACAGCAGGUUUACAACAAUCCAGAUAGUGCAGAAAGCCAAAAGAAGAUCUUAGAAAUUAUUAGACAGCAGGCUAUCGACGAGAAUAUGAGGACUGCUAUGGAAGAAACACCAGAAACGUUUACCAAAGUGCACAUGCUAUAUAUAAACUGCGAGGUUAACGGGUUUCCAGUGAAGGCAUUUGUUGAUUCAGGUGCACAAAUGACGAUUAUGACUCCUGAAUUGGCCGAGAAGUGUGGAAUAAGCAGAUUGAUCGACAAAAGAUUCCAUGGAGAGGCCAGAGGUGUUGGAUUCGCCAAAAUCGAAGGACGAGUGCACUCUGCAAGCUUGAAAAUAGAAAACUCGUACUUUUCAUGCAGUUUUACUAUUGUUCCUUCGCCCAAUGUGCCGAUGUUGCUUGGAUUGGACAUGCUUCGAAGAUUUCAGGCUAUAAUUGACUUAAAACAAAACAAAUUGAUCAUGGGUGAGGCGGAAACCUUAUUUCUUCCUGAAUCUGAAUGUCCCGACAUAUCAGAUGGCAAUCCAGAAAGUGCGGGAUCCUUUGGAAGCAAUUUGUUUAGUCCGAAUAGUGGAUUUAAGCCCCAGUCUGGAGUGAAAAAGCCAGCAAAAGCUCCGAAAGUUUCGAAACGAGUGAAUGCUGAUCCAAAGAAAGUCGAACAGUUGGUUGCAAUGGGAUUUGAUCGCAAGCAGGCAGAGCUUGCAUUGAUUCAAACCAACAAUAACGUGGAUCUAGCAGCAGGCAUGCUGUUUGAUUGA